AUCAGCAUUUUUGCUUCACAUCGCUCACCUGCGCAUUUUGAGGAUCCAGAGAAAUUCAACCCUGAUCGAUGGAGCCCCGAAAACGCUGAGAAAAUCCCUCACUUCGCUUAUUUACCAUUCUCGACUGGACCACGAAACUGUAUUGGACAAGUUUUCGCACAGUUUGAAGCUAAAGUCGUGAUGGCUCGAUUUCUAAAAACAUUUGACGUCAGACUUUGUCCUGGGCAGACACGUGCCAUCAAACAAGAAGGAACAAUUUCACCUCGAGAUGGUGCCGUGUGCACACUUCUCCCCCUUUAGACAAUGAAUAUUGUAGACAGUAUUAGAUAUUUACUGACUGUAAAAUGKUGAUCAUKAAUUUUAUCGUGUUUGAAAGGCGMCUAGCUUUCCAACAAGAUAUUAUUUGUAAAAGAAAAGGAACUAUCUGGGAUGCACGUCGGCCUCUAAAGGAAUUGAAUUGGACGGCACAACUUUAGCCAUCAACUAUUGCAUGUACAUACAACUGUCGUGGGGAUAUAAAGCAAGUGUUUUAAAUCCCUGCGACACUUGUAGCCAUCUUGUAAGGAUGACUUACUCAGGUUAGAUGAGAUGGUUGUAAACAGAUGUUGUGCUAUCUAAUUCGGCCUUUACAAUGUGGCAUAACUGAUGUACAAAGGACUAUUAAAUGUUGUAAAUCGCUAUGACAACUGUAGCUAUGUUGUAAGUUUUCAAAUACUCAAAAACUUAUUAGUCAGGAUAGUCGUAGGCUAGAUCGACUUGCGUUUUACCUUUUUUCCAAUUUAUAUAUGUGUUAUGUCGCGUUUGCACCACCGGAAGUUAAGAAUUCGAGACGUCGAAACCGGAAGUACCGUAUACUGGGUGAAAUUCUGUAGAUGGGGAGCAAGGAUGGCCGAGCCGUUAAAACGCCGGUCUAUCACCGCUGUGGUCCUGGUUCGAUUCCCGGUCCGGGACUAUAUGUGAUUUGAGUUUGUGGCUGGUUCUCUUCCUUGCUCCG